AUGUGGACGCUCAUGUUUCUCAAAAUCUAUGCUCGAAAUACUGUCUUGUCUUCUUUGGCUGGUGGUGUUGACCCGGAUACCUACAUGAAGUGGGUGUGGCUCUUCCUCGAUGGCAUCGUUUAUCUGGAGUGCCAUGUGAUUAUUUGGGAGAAUCAACUCAAGCUUGACAGAGGCAAUGAUUGUCUCACUAGCGUGGACUGCACUGAUUGUCGGAUUCCCAACCAUGGACCGGAUUUUGCUUCCCACAAAUUCAACAAAAGUGGUUUGCGAUAUGAGAUCGCUCUUUGCAUUUUGACCGGUGAUGUUGUUUGGCUGAAUGGUCCUUUCGAGUGUGGAAAAUGGCCCGACAUCAGCAUCUUUCAAUCUGCUCUUUUGGGUAUGCUGGCUGACAAUGAACGUGUGGAGGCAGACGAUGGCUAUGUCGGUGAUCACCCAAUGUACAUCAAAUGCCCAGCUGGAUUCGCCAAUCCGGAGGAGACUCUCUUCAUGCGGCAGAGUACAUCAAAUGCCCAGCUGGAUUCGCCAAUCCGGAGGAGACUCUCUUCAUGCGGCAGAGAGUUCGAAACAGGCAGGAAACAAUCAACGAGCGAGUGA